UCGCUCUGUGGCCCAGGCUGGAGUGCAGUGGCACGAUCUUGGCUCACUGCAGCCUCUGCCUCCCGGGUUCAAGUGCUUCUUUUGCCUCAGCCUCCCAAGUAGCUGGGAUUACAGGCACCCGCCACCAUGCCCAGUCUCCUGGAACCAGCAGGAGGAAACAUGGGGGAUACUGGCCUGAGAAAGCGGAGAGAGGAUGAGAAGUCGAUCCAGAGCCAAGAGCCUAAGACCACCAGUCUCCAAAAGGAGCUGGGCCUCAUCAGUGGCAUCUCCAUCAUCGUGGGCACCAUCAUUGGCUCUGGGAUCUUCGUUUCCCCCAAGUCUGUGCUCAGCAACACGGAAGCUGUGGGGCCCUGCCUCAUCGUAUGGGCGGCUUGCGGGGUCCUCGCGACGCUGGGCGCCCUGUGCUUUGCGGAGCUUGGCACAAUGAUCACCAAGUCAGGAGGCGAGUAUCCCUACCUGAUGGAGGCCUACGGGCCCAUCCCCGCCUACCUCUUCUCCUGGGCCAGCCUGAUCGUCAUCAAGCCCUCAUCCUUCGCCAUCAUCUGCCUCAGCUUCUCCGAGUAUGUGUGCGCGCCCUUCUAUGCGGGCUGCAAGCCUCCUCAACUCGUUGUGAAAUGCCUGGCCGCCGCCGCCAUCUUGUUCAUCUCGACGGUGAACUCACUGAGCGUGCGGCUGGGAAGCUACGUCCAGAACAUCUUCACCGCGGCCAAGCUGGUGAUCGUGGCCAUCAUCAUCAUCAGCGGGCUCGUGCUCCUGGCCCAAGGAAACACAAAGAAUUUUGAAAAUUCUUUCGAGGGCGCCCAGCUGUCUGUGGGAGCCAUCAGCCUGGCGUUUUACAAUGGACUCUGGGCCUAUGAUGGAUGGAAUCAACUCAAUUACAUCACAGAAGAACUUAGACACCCUUACAGAAACCUGCCUUUAGCCAUUAUCAUCGGGAUCCCCCUGGUGACGGCGUGCUACAUCCUCAUGAACGUGUCCUACUUCACCGUGAUGACUGCCACUGAACUCCUGCAGUCCCAGGCUGUGGCUGUGACAUUUGGUGACCGUGUUCUCUAUCCUGCUUCUUGGGUCGUUCCACUUUUUGUGGCAUUUUCAACCAUCGGUGCUGCUAACGGGACCUGCUUCACAGCGGGCAGACUCAUUUAUGUGGCGGGCCGGGAGGGCCACAUGCUCAAAGUGCUUUCUUACAUCAGCGUCAGGCGCCUCACUCCAGCCCCCGCCAUCAUCUUUUAUGGUAUCAUAGCAACGAUUUAUAUCAUCCCUGGUGACAUAAACUCGUUAGUCAAUUAUUUUAGCUUUGCCGCAUGGCUCUUUUAUGGCCUGACGAUUCUAGGACUCAUCGUGAUGAGAUUUACAAGGAAAGAGCUGGAAAGGCCUAUCAAGGUGCCCAUAGUCAUCCCCAUCUUGGUGACACUCAUCUCUGUGUUUUUGGUUCUGGCUCCAAUCAUCAGCAAGCCCGCAUGGGAGUACCUCUACUGUGUGCUGUUUAUGUUAAGCGGCCUUUUAUUUUACUUCCUGUUUGUCCACUACAAGUUUGGAUGGGCUCAGAAAAUCUCAAAGCCGAUUACCAUGCACCUUCAGAUGCUAAUGGAAGUGGUCCCACCGGAGGAAGACCCUGAGUAACAAGCUCCGUCUCUUGUAGCCAAAUCAAAGCUGAGUUUAUUUUCUUAAGCAGUAUUUGUGGUUAUUUCUUCCUUUUUUUCUUAUGAAUAAAAUAUACUCAGAUGUUUAAAA